AUGGGUGCCGCCGCCCACGCUCUGCCCCUCUGCCCGGCAGCCCAGAUCGAGGUGAUCCCCUGCAAGAUCUGCGGGGACAAGUCCUCGGGGAUCCACUACGGCGUCAUCACCUGCGAGGGCUGCAAGGGCUUCUUCCGGCGGAGCCAGCAGAGCAGCCUGAGCUACGCGUGCAGCCGGCAGCAGAACUGCCCCAUCGACCGGGCGAGCCGCAACCGCUGCCAGCACUGCCGCCUGCAGAAGUGCCUGCGCCUCGGCAUGUCGCGGGACGCCGUCAAGUUCGGGCGCAUGUCCAAGAAGCAGCGGGACCGGCUGCACGCCGAGGUGCAGCAGCAGCUGGAGCAGCGGGAGCAGCGGGAGCAGCGGGGCGCCGAGCCGGGCGCCGCGGCCUUCGCCCUGGGGCUCGCCGGGGGGCCGCUGGCCCUCGGGCGCCGGGGCCACCCGCCGGCGCCCUUGGCCGCCCACGGCUGCUUCGGCGAGGCUCUGCGCCCCCUCGCCCGGCGCGCCAGCCCCGAGCCCGGCAAGGCGGAGGGCAGAGCGGGCGCCGUGGGUGGCCUCGAGCCUCGGCCGGCGCCUGAGCCCCAGCUGGAGCCGGGCCGGGCAGUUGUCACCAAGCGGGGCCCCGAGGGACCCGGGGACGCCCUCGACUCCUACGUCGGCAUCUGCAGCCUCCUGGAGCCCCCCAGCGCCUCCGUCGUGGACAUUGAGCGUCUCACCCAGAACGUCCUCAAGUCGCACCGGGAGACGUGCCAGCUCCGCGCCGAGGACCUGCAGCUCCAGCGCUGGGACACCUUCUCCCGCGACGAGGUCAGCGCCUACCAGAAGAAGUCCAUGGAGGAGAUGUGGGAGCGCUGCGCCCGCCGCAUCACCGAGGCCAUCCAGCACGUGGUGGAGUUCGCCAAGCGCAUGGGCGGCUUCAUGGAGCUCUGCCAGAACGACCAGAUCGUUCUGCUCAAGGCGGGCGCCAUGGAGGUGGUGCUGGUGAGGAUGUGCCGGGCCUUCAACUCGGACAACCGGACCGUCUUCUUCGAGGGCAAAUUCGCCGGGCCGGAGCUCUUCAAGUCCCUGGGCUGCCCUGAGCUCAUCGGCUCCAUCUUCGACUUCGCGCACGGCCUCUGCUCGCUGCACUUCUCCGAGAGCGAGGUGGCCCUCUUCACCGCCCUCGUCCUCGUCAACGCCAACCACCCAUGGCUGCAGGAGCGGGCCAAGGUGGCCCGGCUGCAGGGCGACCUGGAGGUCGCCUUUCGCCUCCUGCUCCGCAAGACCCACCGCGAGGGGAUCCUGGCCAAGCUGCCGCCCAAGGGGCGCCUGCGGGCGCUGUGCUCGCAGCACGUGCAGGAGCUGCAGACCUUCCGGCGCCUGCACCCCGGGGUGCUCCACGCCGCCUUCCCCCCCCUCUACAAGGAGCUCUUCGCCUCCGAGCCCGAGCCCCCCGGCGCCCUCUGA